ACAAUUUUCAUUUAUUAUUUCCCAAGUUUGAACAAAAUUUAUCUCUUUUCAGAUGAUGAUGGAAUGCCAGUUCCAUCAUCUUAAUUGGCAUUCCAUUAUAUGAUGUUGGUGACAUCUUUAAUUUCAUGUAUGGCAUGAUUCCUUCAUGAUUUCAUACUGAAACUUAAUUAUUAAUUUCAAAGUGUUGUGGACUUUGAAAUUAAUAAUUAUGUCAAAAUUGGUGGAGUAAUAUUUGAAUUAUCAUCAAUGAUGUUUUUAUGUUCAUUUCCCAAUGCAUGCCUACAUAGAAAAUGGGUGGAGGGGGAAUAGGCAAGCAUGAUGCAUGAGAGGUGCAGAGGGAUCGCUUCCAGGACUCGGUUUUUCUGAGGUGGGAGAUUCUUAUUGAGAACCUCAUAUCACCAGAGACCCCAGUCCUUUGUCAUCUCAUCUGUCAGGCACAGGGCUUAAGGUUAACCUCUACCACUUCAUCUCAUCUGCUCCUAGAUCUUCCUUUUCCACUAGUUCCAGCUACAUUAAGUCAUGGGUACUUUAUACAGCUGUCUUCAUCCAUACGCAUCACCUGUCCAUAUCAGUGCAGGCUUCUUUCUUGAACACAACAUCUGAUUCCUGUUAUACCCAACUUUUCAAUGUGUACCUUUCCACAAAUUCUUUCAUGCACACUCACAUUGCACAUCCACUUGUGCAUACUUGCUUUGUUUCUUUCCAGCCUUCUCAAAUUCUCUGCAUUUCAGGCCCAUGUCUCACUACCCCACAUCAUUGCAGUUCUAACACAAGCAUCAUAAAACCAGCCAUUCACCAUUAGGAAAAGAUCUCUCUUGUUAACAGUGGUAAUAGCUCUGAACUUUCUCCAACUAAUACUUACUCUAGCAGCUAUACUUCCAGAACAACCACCUCUCUUACUAGUUACAUCUCCAAAGUAACAAAAGCUAUCGACUACUUCUAAUGAGCCAUAAAGACUCAGUUUCAGAUGUACUCACAUGUACUGCUCCAGUGCAUCUACAUUUUGAGAUUGUGUUAGCUUACAUAUAUGAAAUUACAGAACAGUGGACAAUAGCAUAGUCAUCUCUUUGGAACUCUCAUUUAUCAUUAUUUGUUUGCUCCAUUGGAACUGCCAGUGUCAGCGUAGUAGACCCUCAUCUCUCUGUAGCUGAUAAAAUAAAGUACCAGUUAAGUGCUACAGUCAGCACUUGUGUCUAAAACUCUUCUCCCAAAUUGCUGCCUUUAUGUCUAAGCUAGAAACAAUUAUUCAGUAGUCCCAGGUCAGUCCAACUGAGCAGACAAAGAUUCAAGAUAUUUUGGUGUGACCAAUUCAGUUAUUUUUUCUGGGGAACUUGUUCAAUUUUUUCCAAUCACUUGAAGUUUUUCAAAUUUUUAUGAAAUUAUUUUUUAAAAAAAUCAAUGUAGUCUUCGUAUGCUGGUGAUAAAAAUAGUAUCCAUUUUUUUUUCUAGAAUUUAAUAAAGAAGUCACAAACAUACACAGUUUUGUAAUAUAAGCCAAGGUAUUUUAGGUGGAACUUAUCUGAUGCCAUGGAAAUUAGCAAAGACAAGAAAGAUGAAGACUUUACGAGGUCUCUAGACCUGCUAAAAGUAACGGUCACAUUUUCCUUAAACUACAUCGAAUGGGGAUGGGGGCAUAUUUUUUUUUCGUUCAUAAUGAGAGUACGAAUUCAUUAUACGCUUGAAUGCCCAGUGACCCUAAAUAUGUGUUUAUUAUAUGUAAUAAAUAUAAAAGGGUAAAGAGUAAGGUAAAGACCCAUUUCGGUCAUGAAUGACCAUGGGGUUGCUUCUAGAAAGUUUCCCUUCGAGGCACAAUUCCGGGCAAGGUUGUUUAUGGACAACCAGCAGUCGUCCAGCCUCCGCUCUCCACGCUUAUCCAAGAGAAUGGAUACAACUUGGCACCAGUGACAUUGCAACUCAUUUCUACAGCUGAGUAAACUGAAACAACAUGAAAUAAAGUAUCUUGCUCAAGAACACAACACACAGCCUGGUCCAGGAAUCGAACUCAUGAUUGUGGUAUAUUUUUAUAAAUAUAUUGUAUGUAUUAAUAACAAGUACGUACACAGCAUUAUGCCAUUGUAUAGUGAGGAAUACAUUAAUGGACAUAGUCCUCCAAGCCAAGAUUAACAGUAUAACUUGAGGGAAAUAUGACAGUUAUUUCUAGCAGAUUGUGCAAGUACGUAGAGGUUCCAUUGCACCUACGUCGUCAUUUAGUCCAAGAAAAACCAUAACUGACCAGCACUACCUAUUCAGUGCUGGUCAAUCGACAGUUGUUAACAAUAACUAUGAAACUACGUGUAAUAAAUCUCUAAGUGGGAGAUGGUAAAACGUGUGCAAACAUCCAUCAGACGAAAGUGAAACAGCUGGUGGGGGAGGGGCCUUGACUGUUUCUUCAAGAAAAAAAUAUAUUUAAAAACAGAAAUUCCUAGAUUCAUAAUUUCUGUAUUUUUUAGAAUUCGGAAAAAAGUUUAAAUUAGGAAUUAAUGGGGGGUAAAAUUUCGGAAAAGUGAUUUUGGGGUAAAAUCUCAUUCUCCUACAUUGAAAGCAUAGAAAACCGGAAAAAAUCUUGGGUAUAAAUAAAUAAAUAAAAAAACAUCGGAAAUGGAUGGUGUGCACGCGUUUUACGUUCGCUUCUAAGUGUAUCCAUAUUUUGUUUUUCUAUUUAUGAUAAUAAAUAUUUAUUCGGAUUCUGUUACUUCCGCCAAGCAUCUACCAUAAUCAUUUCCGGCGAAGAACUUUGUCGCAUAUUAAUCGAAUUUAUCAAAGAAAUUAUAAAGGUAAAAAGAAAAAAUCAGAGCUGAAACUGGCAGAAACAUUUUUGUUUAUUAUACAUUAGAAGCAUCAUCAAUAUUUACCAUCUUUUAAAGACAAAAGAUGUUAUACUGAACAAAUAUAACUAUCUUCAUAUAAAUUUAAUGAAUUAUGUUGAAAGAUUUCCGUGGGUAAGAUUAUUAGCAACAUUUGUGUGUCAUUCUCUGGAAUGAGUACAAUACAAUUAUUUAGAUAAAUUUAUGAAGCACUUUGCAUCCAGAUUAUGGACUUAUAGCAGAAUGAAUAUUUGUUAGAAAGGAAAGCAGCAAACAUAUAUAUUGUGGUGAGAGAAGAAAAAUUAUUCAAUGAAAUAAAUGACUGUUAUUUGUUUUGUUCUAAAAAGAUGGCAAAAAGCUUAGCAAAGUCUUCAUAUGAAUGUGAUAUCUGUAAAAAAUCAUUAACUUCAAGAAGUAAUUUAACUACUCAUAUACGUAUUCAUACAGGAGAGAAACCAUAUCACUGUGAUAUCUGUGGUAAAAGGUUCUCUAGAACAGAUGAAUUAACUGUUCAUGUACGUGUUCAUACAGGUGAAAAGCCAUAUCAGUGUGAUAUCUGUGGUCAGUCAUUCACUCGUAAAGAUAUAUUAACUACACACAGACGUAUUCACACAGGAGAGAAACCAUAUAAGUGUGAUAUGUGCAGUAAAUCAUUCUCUAAAAGUACUAACUUAACUGAUCACAAACGCAUUCAUACUGGAGAAAAACCAUACCAUUGUGAUUUUUGUAGUAAAUCAUUUAAUCAAAAUAACCAGUUAAUUAAACACAGACGUAUUCAUACAGGAGAAAAACCCUUUCACUGUGAUGUCUGUGACAAAUCAUUCUCUCGAAAUGAUGAGUUAACUACACACAAACAUAUUCAUACAGGAGAGAAGCCAUAUUGGUGUGAUAUCUGUGGUAAGUCGUUCCCUGUAAAUAAUGCCUUGACUGUACACAAACGUAUUCAUACUGGAGAAAAACGAUAUCAUUGUGAUAUUUGUGGCAAAGCAUUUAUUCAAAGUCGUGAUUUAGAAGGACAUAAAAGCACACAUACUGGAGAAAAACUAUAUCAUUGUGAUAUUUGUGGUAAAGCAUUUUCACAAAGUCCUGCUGUAACUGUACACAAAAGAAUUCAUACUAGAGAAAAGCCAUAUCACUGUGAUAUCUGUGGUAAAUCAUUCCCUCGAAGUGAUUAUUUGCGUGAUCACAAACGUAUUCAUACGGGAGAAAUACCAUAUUGUGAAAUCUGUGGUAAAUCAUUUAUUCGGAGUAACUAUUUAAAGGGACAUAAACGUAUUCAUACUGGAGAAAAGCCAUAUCAUUGUGAUAUCUGUGGUAAAGCAUUCUCUCAACGUACUGCUGUAACUGUACAUAAACGUGUUCAUACCAGAGAGAGGCCAUAUCAUUGUGAUAUCUGUGGUAAAUCAUUCUCUUACAGUUACCUAUUGAAUAAGCACAAAUGUAUUCAUAUGGGAGAAAAUUCAUAUCCGUGUAAUAUCUGUGGUAAAUCAUUCUCUCAACAGGAUGAUUUAGCUAUUCAUGUCUGUAUUCUUCCAUGAGAGAAUGAAUUUCUUUGUGGUAGAAUCAGAGCUGAAACUGGCAGAAACAAUUUCGUUUUUUAUACAACAGAAGCAUCAUCAAUAUUUAUCAUCUUUUAAAGACAAAAGAUGUUAUACUGAACAAAUAUAACCAUUUACAUAUAAAUUUAAUGAAU